UUCUAUAUCUAUACUUUAAUAUACAAGGCAUAAGCGUACGAAUAUUUGGCAUGUCUGUGAUCUUGUUCCAUCGAUAGGAUAAAAAAAAAGGUACCGAAUCGAACCCAAACGUGAAUUAUCAAUUUGCUUCAGAUUCUUUUUCUGGGAUUAAGAUCCCAACUUAAUGAUCCACCAUGCAUAAGAUUGUGAAGAAAAUUGAAGAUGGAAUUCUUCCGAAAAGCAGAGAAGGUCCGGCUCAGGGGACGGAGAGACAAGCACUUAAUAGCCGCCGACGAUCAAGAGUCCGUCGUGCAAUGCCGGAACGGACCCGUAAAUUCCAGCGUCUGGACGGUGGAGCUCAUGGAAGGGAGAGACGUCCUCCGCCUCAAGAGCUGCUAUGGGAAAUACCUCACGGCAUCUGGCCUCCCCUUCCUCCCCGGCGUCGCAGGGAAGAAGGUCACCCAGACCCUGCCGGAAAAGAACGACCCGUCGACGGAAUGGGAGCCCAUCAGGGACGGGUUCCAGGUCCGGUUCAAGACGUUCCGGGGAAAUUAUUUGCGCCCGAACGGCGGGCUGCCGCCGUGGAGGAAUUCGAUUACCCAUGACCCGCCGAACCGGAACCGGACGUACGAGAAGGCACUGUGGGAUGUGGAGGUGGUGGAGGAUCGGUCGGCUGUGGAGGAAAGUGGACACCGGCGUACGAGAUCGGACGACAGGGAGGACUCUGCAUCUAGACGAGGAAGAUCGAUUCGAUCCGCCGCGUCUCUCGUAUCGCCUCGGUCAUCCGAUGCUAAAAGAGGGCAAGAGUUCAUUUGACUGCCAAAUCAUUUGAAGAGUAGCAAUCUUUGGGGCUCUUCUAAAUGAAUUUUUUUGAUGAAGUGCAGUUUAUUCUCAUGAAAUUCUGAAGGUUGUUAAAUCGAUCAUUUACAAACACUGUGUUUUAUACUUUUAUGUAUAUAAAUUGCACAUUUUUUUUUCAAUUCUA